UUUUGUGGUUCAGGGGGUAAUUCGGACGACCACGAUAGUUCGAGGGUGUAAUUCGUACUUUUUCCUUUUAAAAACCAUAUUAAUCUAUUUUAUAAAUAAAAUAAAAUAAUUAAUACUUAAUGGUUUAUCUCGUUUCAGGUAUAUUCUCUGAUCCUCUCCUCUCGAACACUCUACAUCCUACACGGGUAAUAUCUGAACCGCUCGCUUCCAAUCCGACGACAGCGAGCCAGCCACGUGCUCCCCCAACGAGGAGCCAAACCAAUCGAUCCGAGGAGAGCAGUCGACGUCGACCUUCGCUGCUCGCCGCGAGGCGAGACAAAAGGAGAAACCAAAGCGCAUCAGCAUCAGCAUAUCUGCACAGCAGCAGCAGCCGAUGCGAACAACCACUCGAGACAGCGAAACGCGGCGGCCACCGGCAGCGGCACGCAGCUAGCCAACACUGCAGACGACCCCUCCCCGCGCGCUCCGGCCGCCAUCGAUCCACCACGGGCAGUGCGCGGCGCUUUGCGGCUGCACUGCACACACGUCGCCGUCUCGAGAAGCCUUUUUAGGCCAUCAGCCACAGCCAUGGCCGAUUGGCCGUCGUCCUUCUCCUUCUCAUUCUCCUACUGCUUCUCGUGCAAUGGCAACAUCAAGAGACAGCAUCUGUACCUGCAGCCACCAAGUUUGCCGAGAGAGAGGACUGAGAGCGACUUGAUCGAUCGUCUCCAGAUUCCAGGCCUUGUUUCGCAGCGUCCAUAUAAUAUAAAAUAUCAUCUACUUGUUCUGCUAGCUGUUUAUCACAGAUGCAUUGGCGUUUCUUAUAGCAUCUGGUUCUUGUGAGCACAUACACUGGCAGGGCAUCUACUCUACACUACAGUACUAUACUCUAGUGAUCAACAGAAAAGCUCAGACAGACACAGAGAGAUCGAUAUCAACAUGCUUUAGUCCAUACACGGAUUAAACUAAUGGCAUGCACAUCACGUUCUUGCCGAUGAGACGAUGCGUUGCAAGUUACAAGUAGUAGAGAGGAAGGCACAGGCAGGAUUGGGUGUUUUGGAUUGUUGCUGGAAAAAUUCAGGAUUAUAUUGGCGUCAGUGAGCUUGCAGAAGCAUUCUUCCUGUUCUUGUUUUAGGUAGCAUUAUCCCAAAGAGAGGGAGAGAUUAUUGGAGCUCAUUUGAUUGGUUGAUUGAUUGAUUGGAGUGGUGAGGUGAGGUGAAGUAACCAUGGGUUCUUGCGUGUCGACGACGAGGCGGCGGCGGAGGUCGAGGAAGCUGUCGGUGGCGGCGAGGAAGUUCCGCCGGAAGGUGUCCGCGGCGAUCGCCGACGCGCCCAUCGCCCGCUCCGGCGGCGGCGGCGGCGCCGGCGGCGAGGUGGCGGCGGCGAACUGCUUCGCGCGCCACGAGGUCGUCCACGUCGAGGCGCCCGUGUCCAACGUGACGCUUCACCUCACGCAGCUGCAGUGGCAGCACAGCCAGAUGGACGCAGGCAGUGUGAUCUGUGAAGAAGCGUGGUACGACUCCGUCAGCAUCCUCGACUCGGCCGACUCCGAAGACGACGAUCUCGACAACGACUUCGCCAGCGUCAGUGGAGAUCCUCUCCCGGAUGUCACCGCGACGGCGACGUCGACGUCGACGAGCUUGCUCGACGCCGUGCAUCGCCUGAGGAGCAUCGCGAGCGCAGAGGCAUGCCAGGAUGAUGAUCCUCCCGGGAAAGCUGAAGAAUCAAACGCUGCUGCUGCUGCUGACGAGUGCUGCAGCAGCAGCGGCGGUGGCCUGAAGGAAUCGGCGGCGAGCUCGACGCGGCCGCCAUUCCCGCCGUCGAUUCCGAGCAACAAGAUCCAGCCGAUGCCGAUCGUCAGCGUCAGCCCGCACAGCCAGAAGAAGAAAUCCGCCGUCGUCAGGCUCUCCUUCAGGAGGAGAUCAUACGAGGGUGACGAGAUGACUGAAAUGAGUGGCUCUACGAACUAUCUGUACCGUCCAAGAGCCGGUUCAUCGUUGCCGUGCUCGACCGGCGAAAAACUGUCAGAUGGUUGUUGGUCAGCUAUUGAGCCGUCAGUGUUCAGAGUCCGAGGGGAGAGUUUCUUCAAAGACAAGAGGAAAUCCCCAGCUCCGAACUGCUCACCAUACAUCCCAAUUGGAGCAGACAUGUUUGCCUGCACAAGGAAGAUAAAUCACAUUGCGCAGCAUCUCGCUCUUCCAUCUCUGAAGGCUCAUGAGACCUUCCCAUCACUCCUCAUUGUGAACAUUCAGAUGCCUACCUAUCCAGCAACCGUGUUUGGCGAGAACGACGGCGAUGGGAUAAGCCUAGUUCUUUAUUUCAAGCUAUCUGACAGUUUUGACAAGGAAAUUUCUCCUCAACUAAAAGAAAGCAUCAAGAAGCUUAUGGGUGAUGAAAUGGAGAGAGUUAAGGGGUUUCCGGUAGACAGCAAUGUGCCCUACACUGAGAGGCUGAAAAUUCUGGCUGGUUUGGUGAACCCUGACGACUUACAGCUCAGUGCAGCUGAGAGGAAGCUUGUGCAAACCUACAACCAGAAACCGGUGCUGUCUCGCCCCCAGCACAAAUUCUUCAAGGGGCCAAACUACUUCGAGAUCGAUCUCGAUGUCCACCGUUUCAGCUUCAUUUCAAGGAAAGGGCUUGAGGCCUUCAGGGAACGAUUGAAACAUGGAGUUCUUGAUCUUGGCCUGACCAUUCAGGCACAGAAGGCAGAGGAGCUACCUGAGCAUGUCUUGUGCUGCAUGAGGCUGAAUAAGAUCGACUUUGCCGACAGCGGGCAAAUACCAACAUUGAUAAUGUCCAGUGACGAAUAAAUUUUUAAUGUCACUGAAAUUUACUAACUUUGAGAGAGAGAGAGAGAGAGAGAGAGAGAGAGAGAGAGAGAGAGAGAGAUCUGUACAAAUCGGGAGAGUGGAGUAGAAACUAACACAAAUUUAUGCAUUAAGCUGCAUAAACAUCGUGUAAAUACUCAUUUAUUUGCCAAAGAAUGACAACAGGAGCAUUCUGCAGUGAGAA